UUGGGUAGGUCAUUUUAGGCUGAAGAAGAACCAUUUAAGUACCUUUUUUUUCAGUGUACAUAGAGCGCGUCAUGUGGGCUCCGUCUGUUCCAAUAUAAAUAUUGAAGUGUUGUUGUAUUGAAAUAAGCUCACUGAUCGGACGAACGCGGGCCAAUCAGAAGCCCUCAGAUCAGUACACCUUCUUUUCAGAAAUCAUUCAUAAUGCCGAUGCGUCAAACGUUUGUACGAGGACCCUGGAAUAAAUAUGGCUGGAGUAGUUAGUCAUUUUUUCAAAAUGAAAGGAUAGAAACCAAGGAACAGAAACGAAUCCUGGUUAUGUGUCCUUUACCUAACCUUUGAUAACAACUUUUAUUCCUUGUUCUAUAUUUAGUCUACCAGACUCUCCGUUUACAAUGAGUGGAUUAUUUCUGAAAAAUGUAUUGGUGGCAGCAGCGGUAUGUUGCUCGGUGCUGGUCACUGCGGUACUGGGGUCUCUGUUGGGGUCCCCGAUGUUAGCUCAAGAGCCGAUCCGAUGCGCCCCGUGCGCGCCGGAGAAGCUGAGCGAGUGUCCAGUGGUGGCGCAAGGCUGUAUGGAGGUUCUGAGUGAGCCGGGUUGCGGAUGCUGCCUUGUCUGCGCCCUGAUGACGGGGGAACUGUGCGGAAUCUACACGGCGCCAUGCGGGUAUGGACUGAGGUGCACCCCAAUACCCGGUGACCUCCAGCCGCUGCACUCCCUUAUUCGCAGCCAGGCGGUGUGUAUGGCGAACCCCGAGCCCGAAAGUAGCCCAAUUCCCCAAAACCCAGUGUCAAUCACCUGCUUCACGUUCAGCCAUCCUGGCAACAGAAAGACCUUCGAUCCCCCGUCUGCCGCGGACGCGCAGGAGAGAAUGAAAGCCAAAGUCAGCGCAAUCAGGAAGAAACUGGCGGAGCAAGCUCCCUGUCAAGUGGAGUUGCAGAGAGCUCUGGAGAAGAUCGCCGAGUCACAGCAGAAGCUAGGAGACAAUCUGACCAGGUUCUACCUGCCAAACUGUAACAAACACGGGCUCUACAAAGCCAAACAGUGUGAGUCGUCUCUUGAUGGACAGAGAGGCAGGUGUUGGUGUGUGUCCUCCUGGAAUGGACAGAAGAUUCCAGGAUCCACUGAUCUGUCUGGAGAUGCAGAAUGUUCUUAAGAGAUCAACCACUGAUGCAGAACACACACACACACACACACACACACACACACACACACACACACACACACACACACACACACACACACACACACACACACACACACACACACACACACACACACACAGCAAACCACUGAUUUUCUUUAGACACUUGUUAUUUAUUAAUUGUCCAUGGUAGUGUUUGAUAUUCAGGUACACACUAUCACUGUGAAACUGAUGUCCCCUGACCCUCAGCCCCGGACCCCCGACUCCCAAUCCCUGAAUCCUGACCCCGUCCCUCCCCACCAAAGAGAAAAUCAUUUUUUUUCUCGGAAAAGGGAUUUUUAUAUUUUAAUACAUUUUCUUUAACUCGACAGCCUUACUUAUUUGACAUUAUGUACUGUAUGUAUUCAUUUGUAAUUGUAUUUUAAUAUUUAUAUAAUUUAGCCUUAUUUUCAUUAUUAUUAUUUUCAUUAUUAUUAUGUGUGCAUUAUUAUCAGUGUAUAAAGUGUAUAUAUGUAUCGAC